AUGCCAUUGUGCCUCGAAGCUGGGCUGGUGCCUUUUGCAGGACCGGCCGCAACCCGCGACCUGCCGAGGAGACGAGGGCCAUUUCAGGGAGAGCAACAGGGUCUCCCGCAUACCUUGUCCGCGCCUAAGCUGCUUUUGAUUGGACCAAACUUCUACAUAUACCGCCGGUCCCCAAUGCGCCUGGCGGGCGUUUGCGGCCAACAUGACAAGCCGGCAUGGCUGCGCAAAAAGAUGUCGGAGGGCGAGUGUGGUCGUUGUUUUGGGUCGCCUUCGUCACCUGAUCCAAAGGAUUCGUGGGUUUGUAGAAAAAUGCGGCUGUGUUGGCUUUUGUACGAAUUGCGGGCUGGGCAACGGGCAAGGACAUCUCCACUGGUUGUGGGUCCUGGCCAGCCUGGAACAGUGGACCUGUACCGCUAUCUUGGGCUGACCUAG